GUUUAACUUUAAAUUAUUUUUGGUUUUCAUUCGAGAGAAAUUAUUUUUUGAAAAGGAGAUUAGUUAGUUAAAAGCAUGUUUUCUAGUAAUCUGUUAAGAGAUUGUUGUUGCCUAAGGCGCUCUUCAAAGAAUAAUUUCGCUUUAAAUCCUCCAGAAAGCCUUAUUUCACUUGAUUCAGGACAUAUUGGCCAAGAAGUAGUUAUUUUGAAAAACGGCAAACGUGUAUGUGGUUCGGGUGGUGCAGUUUUGAAUCAAGCGCUGCUUCAGUCUAAAAGUUACUUCGAAGUAAAAAUCCAGCAAAGUGGUCAUUGGAGUUUAGGACUUUGCACAUUGAAUACGGAUUUGAAUAAGACAAGAGGUGGUUUGGACAAGUUUAGUUGGUGCCUAAACGCUGAGAAUUAUGUGAUGAACGAUGGUCACGUUUUGUACGACUUGAAUGAAAUGUACAGUUCAAAUGGGAAUAAGACGUCAAAUGAUGACACUGAACAGCUGCUACCGCUGAAUAAUAAAGAAGACAUCACAAACCUCCUGCCAUCAUCAUCAAAUGCAUCACAACGGUCAGCACUUCCGCAGGAAGGUGACAUUAUUGGAAUAACUUAUGAUCACAUCGAGUUGAACUUUUAUCUCAAUGGUAAAAAUCUCAACAUUCCAACGCUCAUCAAGCUCAAUUCAACUUCAACGAGAGGUGAAUACAAUAACGAGAUCUAUCCUCUUCUUGUUGUUGAUGAUGGAGCCAUUUUGGAUCUUAUUGUUGAUAACUUCAACUAUCAAAUUCCAAGCGGGUAUGAUAAAAUUAUGGUGGAACAAACAUUGCUUUAAAGCAUAUUUCUCAAUCAGUCUACAACAAAAGCUUUAAUAAUCAUCUUUUUGCUACGUUUUACUUGCACUGACUUAUCUGUUCGUAUAGCAUUCUAUAUCAGUGACUAAACUGAAAUAAAAUGAUAGUUAGACGUUUUUUCUAAUUCUAUCAUGUCCAAUGAUUGAGAAAACUUAAGAAAAAAUUCAUUCCU